AUGUUCGGUGCCGCGGGCGACAUGACCUCUGGCGCCGGCCCACUCCAUACCAACUCGCCCACCAUGGGCCAAGCCUCUUCAUCAUCGUCCUCUGCUGCCGCCGCCGCCGCCCAGCAGCGGCAUCACAUCAAGGCCAGCAGCUCAGCAAUCUUGCGUGAAGACUCCAUCGUCCGAGAAGUGGAAGACGUCCCCGUGCCUGCCGGAUCCAGCGAAGACUCCCGGUCCAUGCAGUACGUUCAUUCGAACCAGGCACCCUAUUGUUAUUCGCCGCCACCGCGGCAGGAACAGCAGCAGCAGAAGCUUCCUCGCAACGAACUGGACAGCAGGAUGAUGACCUCGACGAGUCUCCUGCAUGUGCCGCGUCAGAACCAGUCGGCGGAUCUGGCGUGGUUCCUGCGAACAACCGGGCCCGUAGAUUCACCGCACCGUCGACCGACGAAACUGGAGCAACAGCCGCGGAGAGCGGUGAGUGCACCGAAGAACGCGUUGAGGUUUCUGAAGCUCGGGAGCGGUGAGAGGAGAAAAGUUCAGCGAGCCCAUGAUAGGUAAGUAUGUAAGGCUCUUUGUCUCCUAAAAAAUGAUGUAGAGCUUGCGAUCUGUCGUAUUCUCUGGUCUGGCUGACAUGUCUAGGCUUAAUGGCGUGUUACGCGAGGACCCUUUCGACGAGGGUGGGCUCCUUCCCCAUGCUGAGCCAGCGAGGCCUUUGCCACCCAACGUGGAACAGAAGGUGUCGUCGAAAGGUACGUGUGUUACUUGACGACAGGAUGCCCGGCGAAUCAUCUACUAAUGGACGGCCAGGACAACGCUACUUGGCACUGGUCCCUCCCGCAGAGGAAGAGGAACGAGACCGUGUGGAAGACUUGGCCGGACCAUCGAUACUCAGCCCGGAUAUCUUGGAAUCCCGGGUAUCGAUUCGCUUCCACGAGGAAUCUCAGUCCGUCGACGUUUUGGACAGUUGGCUGUCAUCAUUGAGCAAGCAACAGGUUGAUCCUCAUCAAGAUCGACUGUCCACCGACGACAACGACCAUCGUCCCGCAGUAUCAUACGAGGAAGUGGCAAGUCGACUAGCCAGGAGGUGUCCGACUCCCGUCCGGCCUGCUGCCUCCAAUCCUCCCACGCCGGAGCCACAUUCCGCCAUUUCAAUGGCAGAUUCUUACCAGACCGAAUUCCAGGAUCGUCCCGUCUCCGCCAUGUCAGUCGAUGCUGUGCAUGCCGGACCGGGCAGUGACGCUCAAGAGGGAGCACCUAUGAUGCCAAAGAUCUCGCUGCCGAGAGAAGAAUUCCCCGUGAAGCAUCCGAGCGCAGAGACGGAAGUUGAGAUGAGACAUCCUCUGCCACGUCGGCUGGGAAGCCAUCCGGUCUUGCUGCAGCGGGCAUCCAGCAUUGCUUCAACGUUGUAUCCAACGUCAAGGAGUGUAUCAGACAGCCCUGGUCCACCACCGCCGCGAAGCCCCCUGAGACUUCGACGGGAUCCUCGUACCAUCGAGAAAAUUAUCAAAGAACACAACAAUGGUGACAGGAAGUCUACCCCCAAGAUUGCGCCAAGCAUCAGAUCUGCGAGCGAAUUCGAUUUUGGCGCAGAGCCCAUCCGGGCGACCGUCACUACCGAGUGUACCGGUCCCAUCAAGCGGCCAAAGUCAAGGAACAAGGAUACGACUUCGAGCCCUCAACGCCGACCGUGUCCAAUGAACCGAAAGGAACGAGAAGAGCGAGUGCGCGUUCGCAAGCUUCGAGACCGGCCGACCGUGAGCCGAACCAUCGACUCGGUUGUCCAUGCACCGGCGCAAGCAACUCGGCAGCGACUGAAGAAGAUGCGACCGCAGAUUCAGAUUCCAGAUCUUCGUCCGUACCCAUUGCGAGCGCCUUCCGCGGCGAGCCAAGUAAGUGCAUCGGGCGCAGGCAGCUGGAGGAAAAUCACUCCGUCGACUCAGACUCCCAUUUCACCGGUGCCGUCCCGAGCAAGUGAGUUCUCCGAAGAUGACAGGGCUGGAUGUACACCCAUCUCUCCCAGCGCAUCUGCGGAAGCCAGAGCCGCGCAAGCCGGUAUGGAACUUAGUCCGGUCAUGCUCGUGGCCGAAGAAGUCCCCGUUCCCAGGACAAAGGUCACGCCCAAACCAGCCCGACUCAUUCUCAAAGACGGGAAGAAAACGUACGCCCCUCGGCCUCGAUCUGCAUCGCUUCCUAAACCGGCCGUGCAGAGGCGUAGUCGACAGAGUGUGCAGGGCAGCAGCACACAUUCUUCGCCUCGCUCCAAAAGCCCCAGAAAGCUUGAAGAGGUGGACCAUGCUCCGCCGCUGCCCUCUCCUCCCCCGACUCGUGCUCUGCCACCGACGCCGCCAGCUUCGGGAUCCGAGAAGCAGAGUAAAGCCAACAGCAAGGCGAAGUUGGUCGUUGGAAGCGGAAGGGAGCUGGAAACUCUGCACUCGCAUGACGUGUCGCCCGUCGAACCCUCAUCCAAGCACCCAGAGAAAUUCACGCAUGUCGCCACACAAAGAAGGAAUACCGGCUUCAAAGCGACGAACCGCGCAGCGUCUCGAAUCGAUGCUCGGCUUGAAGCGUUGGAGAAGCAGAACGCUCUACUGUCGGCUGCGCUGAUGGCUGUCCUGAAAACCAACGGCGCUUUCAAUUCGCCGGUACCAGACCUGGACGAAUUGGAAAGUCCGUCCAAAGGGCCCAUGGCGUGGGAGUCGAGGGUCGCCAGGAGGAGUGCGGCCACCAGCCACACGGCGUCGAGUAGCAACGGCAGUGCCUUGGAGAUGUACAUGAGUACUAGACGCGGGAGUCGCCACGGUGCAUGA